GGUUUUGUAAAAUUUUUAGUGAACUUUUUAUUAAUCAUGGAGAUUUUUAAAAUACAAGGACCAAAUUCUAGGGGGUACUUUAAAUUCGUCUUGCACCGGCCUCGAUUCAGAGCCUAACCUAGAACCAGUUGUCUUUAAAAUAAAUCUAAUAGAGGAAUAUUUCGUCCCUUAUGCUUUCUUUUAAUUAAUGGAAGCUUUAAGCAGCAUGCGAUCGUAUGUUUGCAGAAAAUGACCAUAAUACUAUUUUUAUCUUGCAAGAAUAUUGUAUAGGCAUAAGAAUAGGCGGGGCAGUAGUUUUUCCAGUGAAAGAUUAAAACUUUUGUUCAGGGAUGUACCGUACAUUAGUUCGACUUUCGGUUGAUAGAGGCAGUCUUCGUCGUGCUGCCAUACGGUAUGGCUGCGGUUUGUCAAAGUUUUCUCUUUAUCCCGAUAUAAUUUAAAGUGAAUCGUUGAUAGUAAUGUUUUAUUCGUCCAGAAGUUCAAUAAAAAGUAACCGUCCUAUCAACUGCUGAUAAAUCAUGCUGUCCCAAAUUAAGGCUACUAAAAAAUUAGAAGGAAAACGAACUAAAGAAUUGAUGUCAUCUUCUAGUCUUCCCGGGAUGUCACAAUUGUCAAACAGUAGCGAGGAGACUUUGGAACCCCUUGUACACAAGCCGCACAAAUCGGAAUCGUUGGAAAGCACAACGAAAGACGAAAGUUCGGAACACAACGAAUGGCUGUUAAAUGGACCAAGUGGAAACAAAACGUCUAUUUUGCGAUUCAAAUGCUCCGCAUUGGCAACUCCUCCGGAAGAAGCACCCGCAAAGAAGCUACACAUGACAUAUAAAAUUUUUCAAACAGACACCAAACUUGUCAGUCUUUUACUACAGUCACAUGGUUUAUCAGAGGUUUCCAUGAACGAGACCGACUUCAACAUUCUGUGGAUGGGGAAUCAUCCAAAGCCAGACAUUCUACGAAACUUGAUGCCGCACCAGAAAGUGAACCAUUUUCCAAGGUCGUACGAAAUAACGCGGAAGGAUCGAUUGUAUAAGAACAUCGCGGCUAUGCAACGCUGUAAAGGGUUGAGAAACCUGGAUUUUAUACCUCAAACAUUUUUGCUGCCCAGUGAAUCGAGGGAAUUGCUGACGGCUCAUUUCAGGUAUCGCGGGCCCUGGAUUGUCAAACCCAAAGCCAGCUCCCGCGGACGCGGCAUUUAUAUCGUUAACAGUCCUGAAAAGAUUCUUACAGAGGAAUCCGUAAUCGUUGCACAGUACAUAAACAAUCCCCUUCUGGUCGAUGGACACAAAUGCGAUUUACGAUUGUACGUUGCUGUCACAAAUUACGAUCCGUUAUUGAUUUAUCUGUAUGAAGAGGGUUUAGUAAGAUUCGCAACGGUGAAGUACGACGGUGGCAAUCAAUAUAUCUGGAAUCCUUGCAUGCAUCUGUGCAAUUACAGCAUCAACAAGUUCCAUGUGGAUUAUGUAAAGAGCGAAGAUCCAGACGCAGAGGAUGUAGGUCAUAAAUGGACAUUGUCGGCGUUGCUCAGACACCUGCGUUCCAUGGGACGAGACACGGAGCUGCUCAUGCAACGUAUAGAAGAUAUCAUAAUAAAAUCCAUUCUUGCGACAGCUUCUGGAAUUGUUAGCGGUAUAAAACAAUUCGUGAAACAUCCCGAAACGUGCUUCGAAUUGUUUGGAUUUGACAUUCUGAUCGACGACACGUUAAAACCGUGGUUAUUGGAAGUUAAUUUAACCCCAUCGUUAGGAUGUGAUUCACCGCUGGAUGUUAGAUUAAAAUCGGCGCUAAUAGCUGAUUUACUUACCCUCGUUGGAAUACCUGCUGUUGAUCCGAUGUUACGGCCUCAAAGUACCCAUCUUAAUCGCCCUACCGUUACUUCCACUAAAGGAAUAGCUAAUUGUAGAAGAGUACACUCAGCCGAAACGUUGGCUCAGAGAAAGAAGAAUGCCAGCAGAAGUAGUAUCAAUAAAACAGGAUUAACGCCUGAACAACAACGAAUAGUAGCAUCUGCAAAGGCACAAUUCGAGCGACGAGGAGGAUUCGUUCGUAUAUUUCCUAGUCCGAAAUCGUGGGAAAUGUAUUCGCAGUAUUUGGAUCCAACAACGGGAAUACCUGUGGUCUCAGAUCCGUUAGGACCAGGCAGAGUUCCGCAACACAUUAAUACAAAUCAUAAUUUAAUGUUACACGAACAACUAUUCCCUGCAGCUAGUCGUACCACUGGUUUCAUCAUUCCUGAAGUUACCUUGGAUAGGUUGUCUAGAUAUGAAAGGUAUGAGAGAGCUUUGGUAAAGGGCCACAAACAAAGUUUAGACCGUGGUGACAGUAAGAAGAAUAUGGAUACGGAUAAACAUAAAUACAAGAGUCAAGUUGUACAAUCCAUGCACGAAGGAAACAAACUUAGUCCCGGAGAAGCUAGAAAGGCCUUUGGUUUAUAUUUAGGACACAUAUUACGUAAGAUAUCACAACCCAACGCUGAUCCAGCAUGCUGCGAUCUUGUAAUGAAAUUUCUUCAACAGUCAGCUAGUAAUUUAAGAACGCCAUUCUUCUUUACGUUACCAAGCAGUAAAUUGAGCGACAAAGACCGAGCUGCCAUUACUGCUAAACAACUCUCAGACUUCUUACACCUAUACAAUCGAGAAACAGACCUCUAUGCAGACACAGUUGAUCGUCCUCGUACUGUACCCAACCGGCUUUUCCAAAAAUUUUUAGUUGCAGCAAAUGAAGAAGAUCUUGACGACAUACUAAUUCUACAAACAAGACUAUACAAGUGUGCUCAUAGUUUUCUGGGAAGAAGCGGUUUUGCAGGUAGCCUACCUGGUUCUAAUUUAUUGGGUUCUUUACCACACAUUACAUCACGCGUAUACACGAAUGCCGCCACAAGCGAACAAUGCAAAUGUAAUCAAUCUAUUACCAGGCCUACAAAAGCUCCGUGCAUCUAAUGAUGUGAAUAUUUGUUAUAGCCACAUUUGUUCGUUAAAGCACUAAGUACGGCCUGCUCUAGGACUUCCCAAGUACAAGUGGACAAUCAUCCACACACAUAUAUAUAUAAUCUUAACGUUUCCCACGUAAACACUAGCACGGAAAACGAUCACAAAAUUAAUAUUUUGGGUACGCUUUAAAAGCGCUUUACUAUUCGCUUAUUUAUGACGGUAGAAAGAAAGAAAGAAAGAAAGAAAAUUCGUUGUACGAAACUUCUGACGAAUAAUAUUUUGAAUCUUCUUAAAGAAGUUUUAUUAGUCUGUACCAGUGAUGGUGGGCAAGGACAGCGAAGACGAGCUGCACGAGCAUGUAAAUGGUACGCACUCGGCGGUACCGAACAGUGCAAUAGACUCGUUAUAUUGCUAAGAGGUCCAUUUCAAAAUUUCUGAACUUCCAAACUCUCAGAAGUUGAAAUUUCUAAA